AUGCCCUUGCUCUGGCUGAGAGGAUUUUUGUUGGCGAGUUGCUGGAUUAUAGUGAGGAGUUCCCCCACCCCGGGAUCCGAGGGGCACAGCGCGGCCCCAGAUUGCCCGUCCUGCGCGCUGGCCACCCUCCCAAAGGAUGUACCCAACUCUCAGCCGGAGAUGGUGGAGGCCGUCAAGAAGCACAUUUUAAACAUGCUGCACUUGAAGAAGAGACCCGAUGUCACCCAGCCGGUACCCAAGGCGGCGCUUCUGAACGCGAUCAGAAAGCUUCAUGUGGGAAAAGUGGGGGAGAACGGGUACGUGGAGAUAGAGGACGACAUCGGACGGAGGGCAGAAAUGAAUGAACUUAUGGAGCAGACCUCGGAGAUCAUCACGUUCGCGGAAUCAGGCACAGCCAGGAAGACGCUGCACUUUGAGAUUUCCAAAGAAGGCAGUGACCUGUCCGUGGUGGAGCGCGCAGAAAUCUGGCUCUUCCUGAAGGUUCCCAAGGCCAACAGGACCCGGAGCAAAGUCACCAUCCGUCUCUUUCAACAGCAGAAGCACCUGCAGGGCAGCUUGGAUGCAGGGGAGGAGGCUGAGGAAGUGGGCUUGAAGGGGGAGAAGAGUGAAAUGUUGAUAUCGGAGAAGGUGGUGGAUGCUCGGAAGAGCACCUGGCACAUCUUCCCCGUCUCCAGCUGCAUCCAGCGGUUGCUGGACCAGGGCAAGAGCUCCCUGGACAUACGGAUUGCCUGUGAGCAGUGUCAGGAGACCGGUGCAAGCCUGGUGCUCCUGGGCAAGAAGAAGAAGAAAGAAGAGGAGGGGGAAGGGAAGAAGAGGGAUGGAGAAGGAGGGGCGGGAGGGGACGAGGAGAAGGAGCAGUCGCACAGACCUUUCCUCAUGCUGCAGGCCCGCCAGUCUGAAGACCACCCUCACCGGCGCCGGCGGCGGGGCUUGGAGUGUGACGGCAAGGUCAACAUCUGCUGUAAGAAACAGUUCUUUGUUAGUUUCAAGGACAUUGGCUGGAAUGACUGGAUCAUCGCUCCCUCGGGCUACCACGCCAACUACUGUGAGGGUGAGUGCCCCAGCCACAUAGCAGGCACGUCGGGCUCAUCCCUCUCCUUUCACUCGACGGUCAUCAACCACUACCGCAUGCGGGGCCACAGCCCCUUCGCCAACCUCAAGUCGUGCUGUGUGCCCACCAAGCUGAGACCCAUGUCCAUGUUGUACUAUGAUGAUGGGCAGAACAUCAUCAAGAAGGACAUCCAGAACAUGAUCGUGGAGGAGUGUGGUUGCUCAUAG